AUGCAGCGAUUCAAAGAUAAGUUCGAGCAUGGGCUUGAGAACUUGGAAGAGAAGUUCAAAGACCACAACCUCCAUGACGUGAAAGCCCAGGCUGCCCAUUUAAAACACAAAGUCGGCAAAUUUUACAACAUCGUCAACCCCAAUCACCGUCACGAUGAGGCCCAUGAGCAAGCCACCGAUAAGAAACGCUCCGAGACCGCCGAAUCCCAUCGUUUCCAAUCCUUUGCGCCCAUCCACGAAAAUAAUCGCGUGAAGUGGUAUGUGGAUGGAAAAGACUAUCUUUGGGCCGUCUCCGAGGCCCUGGAGAAAGCAACCGAGACUAUCUACAUUGCCGAUUGGUGGUUGUCGCCGGAAUUGUUUCUCCGUCGUCCCCCAGCCCAGCACCAGGAAUGGCGACUAGAUCACAUUCUCAAGCGACGCGCCGAGGCAGGUGUGAAGAUCUAUGUGAUUGUGUAUAAAGAGGUCAAUCAAGCUUUGACAUGUAAUUCGGCACACACAAAACACGCUUUGCAUAAUCUAUGCCCCGAGGGUACACCGGGACACGGCAACAUUAGAGUCUUGCGCCAUCCGGACCACAAUGUCUUUGAGAAUGGAGCCGAUAUGACCCUUUACUGGGCUCACCACGAAAAGUUCAUCGUGAUCGACUAUGCAAUGGCAUUUAUCGGAGGUAUCGAUCUCUGCUUCGGUCGCUGGGACGCUCACCAGCACCCACUCGCUGAUGUCCACCCCGCCGGUCUCAGAGACGACAUUUUCCCAGGCCAGGAGUUCAAUAAUAACCGCAUCAUGGACUUCCAAAGCGUACAAGAUUGGCAGAGUAACGAGCUGAGCAAAACCGAGUAUGGCCGUAUGCCAUGGCAUGAUGUCGCUAUGGGCUUGAUUGGUGAUUGUGUCUACGAUAUUGCAGAACAUUUCGUUCUCCGCUGGAACUUUAUCAAGCGCGACAAAUACAAGCGCAGUGAUACUGUGGAUUGGUUGUUGAUGGAGGGACGAGAGGGCGAGCAGGAAGACAUUAUUGCUGUUCAGCGACCUAAGUAUCCUUGUGGCGAGUAUAUUCAUCACCCUUUGACGCCGCUUUCAAGUAAACCGAGGGGCAAUCAGGGUACCGUGCGAGCGCAGAUUGUACGCAGUAGCGAUGACUGGAGCAGUGGUAUUCUGAACGAACAUAGUAUUCAGAAUGCGUACUGUGAGAUUAUUCGCAAUGCGGAGCAUUUCGUCUACAUUGAGAACCAGUUCUUCAUCACGGCUACGGGUGACAACCAGCAUCCCAUUUACAACAAGAUUGGCGCCGCCAUUGUUGAGGCGGCUGUCCGAGCCGGCAAGGAAGGUCGCAAAUUCCGUGUCAUUAUAGUGAUUCCUGCCAUUCCCGGAUUUGCCGGCGAUCUGCGUGAUAAUGCUGCGUCGGGUACCAGGGCUAUCAUGGAUUACCAGUACAAGUCAAUCUGCCGAGGCGAGGACUCGAUUAUGGGACAAAUCGCGAAGGCCGGCGUGGAUCCGAAAGAUAUACUUACCGGUGUACUCCAUACAGAACAUAUUUUCGUCUUUGCCCUGCGGGCAUAUGACCGAAUCAACAAGACCCCCGCACUUGAGGCGCUUGAGACCAAGGCUGGCGUGACGUACCAGGAAAUCCAGCGUGGUAUUGCCGAGUCUAUCAUGAGUGAAAGUGUGCAUCCCUCCGUCGGCGAUGAGGGUGAUCGAAAUGAGCGAAGCUACAGUGUCGACGCCUCUCAAAGGGCAGAAAACGUGCGCAAGCUGGAGAAGUUCGAGCAGGAAGUUGAACAAAAUAAAGUCAAGGAAGGAGAUGCAAGCCGAGACUCUGUGGCCCAUGUCACCAUGCUGAAUGGUGGCAAGAUGUCCGAAGAGCCCUGGGAAGGUGACCCGGAAGCUGAAAAGCCCAACUUUGUGCAAGAGGAGCUAUACGUUCACGGCAAGGUGUGCAUUGUUGACGAUCGCAUCGUCAUCUGUGGUAGUGCCAACAUCAACGACCGGUCCCAACUCGGCUCCCACGACAGUGAACUCGCAAUCGUCAUGGAAGACCAAGAUUUCAUCGAUAGUGAGAUGAAUGGUCAACCCUACCGUGCCGGCCGUCACGCAGCCACCCUCCGGCGCCAACUCUGGCGCGAGCAUCUGGGUCUUCUCCCCGCGCAAGAUUACUACGCAGCAAAUGAGCCGAAUGCCCAGCCUCCGGAUGUUUGCCUGAACGAGAUCCUCGAAGGUGCCGAGAACGACUUCGUCGCGGACCCACUCGGAGAUGCGGUCUGGGAUACCUGGACGAGUCAGGCUAGCGUGAACACGGACACGUAUCGGGUGCUGUUCCGUGCGGAUCCAGAUAACAACAUCAAGACCUUUGAGGAUUAUGACAAUUUCUACCCGCGUGGGUCGCACAAACAGGGUCACCUGUUUGACCCGUACAUGCCCAUUGCAGAGGUGCGAGAGAAACUUGAUCGGAUCAAGGGCCACUUGGUCUGGUUGCCUUUGGAGUUUCUGUGUGAUGCCGAGAUGGCGGAGCCUGGAUUGGCAGUGAAUCAAAUUACGGAGAGUAUCUACACUUAG